AUGUUGGUUGUGUUGUUCUUGGUGGAAGUUAAAAAUAAUUCAACUGACAGAAAGACAAGUAAUCAGACAGACAAAAUUAAUUCGCAGACAGACAGACAGAAAAAAAAUUUAAUUUUCACUAUCAAUCUUCAGUUGAAGAGAAGACCAGAGAAGACUACACAAGGCUACGCAAGAACGGGCCAACACGACAUAAGAUACGAGAAGAAUCGAUUCGGCAAAAUGACAAAACCAAAUGAUCAAGAAUUUGCAGUAGAAAGAAGACCAAAUCCAAAAGGAUGGACCCCACCAAAAGCACCGUACAAUCCCUAUGAUCCAACCGAUAUUAGACCGCCGGAAGGAUAUCCAUCUGAAUUCCAACAACCCCAUGCCCAACCAAGUGGUCAUUCUUCCAUCCCUAAACCAGCAACUCAAUAUCAAAGAGUGAAUGAAACCAUGCAAAGAUUAAAUUAUUUACCUAGACCAAUGUCAGACUUAUAUCCUGGCCAAUAUAAAGUAUUACGUAAAGUAGAUACUAAUCAAAGAUUACAUCGAGCUGCUGGAUUUUUCGGUGGUAUAUUAGUUGCUGGAGCUGCUAUAUAUGGGGCGUUUUUCUAUAGAUGGGAUGGGAAGGAGAAUGUAUUUAGUGGGUUUUAUAGAAUGAGAUUAAGAUUUAAAGAAAUUGCCCUGGGAUUGACGGAACAAGAAUAUGAUGAUUUAUAUCAUCCUAGACAAAGAGAUUAUCAUUUAAGACCAGUUAAGGAUGCAAAAUAUAUUCCUGAAACUUUGAGAAAGACUGAAGAAAGUAAAUUUGCAUUGAAUAGACCGGGUGAAAGACAUAUUUUGGAAGCUCAAAGAAUUCAACAAGAAACUGAAGAAAGUAUGUUGAAAGAAUUGGAAUUUCAUAAACAAUUUGCUAAAGAGUUUGAAGAAGAUUUGAAUAGACAAGAGCAGCAACAGCAACAAGAAGAAGUUCAACUGACCACUACUCAAAGAAAGAAGUGGUUUGGUAUAUUUUAA